UCGUUCGGGCAGCAUUCCAGUCGCGGUGUUUGGAGCGGCUCGGGGAGGCGGCACAUUCCUGCGUAGGCGCGGUGGACUUUCCCGAACUGGACGUUGUUCCGUGUGGGCUGGAAAAAAAGGCGUUUAAAGUCAGUGGGAGCUAAUGAAGCUGCUGGUGGGCCACGGCAGCUGUUAGCCGCUGUCAGCAGGUGCAGAGCUGAGGGAGGGGAAAAAUGGCCCGGGAAAAGAAAUCUGAACCUGUACCUGCUCGUCUUCAGGGAGUGUGACAGACUGAUUGGAGUUUGAUUUCAGUGUUUUUGGCCAUGGCCGGCUGCGGGCGGUGGUGCUACAGCACCUGCGUGUGCUGUCUGUCCGAGGAGGAGAAGAACACCAUUGCUGUGGACAAAGAGAUCAAGAGGAUCCUGAAGCAACAGAAGAAGAAGGAGAGGAGGGAGAUUAAAAUCCUUUUGCUUGGGACUGGGGAGAGUGGGAAAACCACCUUCAUCCGACAGAUGAGGAUCAUUCACGGACGAGGCUACUCAGAGGAGGAGAGGAAGGCUUUCGCCAAAUGCAUCUACCAGAAUAUCUUAACUGCCAUGACUGCAAUGACAGGAGCGAUGGCCACGCUCAGAAUUCCCUACUCCAACCCACAGAACGAGAUUUACGCCAAGAGGCUGGAGGACGUAAGCAUAGUACAGGUCACCCAACUGGAACGGGGCCAUGUUGACGCAAUCCGCCGCCUCUGGGCAGACUCGGGAAUACGUGCCUGUUACAGCCGCCGCUGCGAGUACCAACUCCUGGACUCUACAGAGUACUACAUGAAUAAUCUGGACCGCAUCACCUCCCAGGACUACAUCCCCACGGAACAGGACGUGCUGAGAGUUCGAUUCCCCACCACGGGCAUCCACGACUACUCCUUUACCGUCAAUACCAUCACACUAAGGAUUGUGGACGUUGGCGGUCAGAAGUCGGAGCGGCGGAAGUGGAUCCACUGCUUUGAAAACGUCACCUCCCUCAUCUUCCUUGCGUCGCUCAGCGAGUAUGACCAAGUCCUGGAGGAGAAAGACACGACUAACCGCAUGCAAGAGAGUCUGGCUCUGUUCUACACCACCAUUCACUCCCAGUGGUUCCUCAACACCUCCAUCAUCCUCUUCCUCAACAAGACUGACAUCCUGACUGAUAAAAUGAAAACAUCAGACCUGCAGAAAUACUUCCCCGGUUUCACAGGCAGGAAACAUGACCCCGAAGACGCUAUGAAGUUUAUCCGCAAGAUGUACGAGCAGCAGGCCGUCACCCACAACAACCGGGAGACGUGGAAGACUCUGUACCCCCACUUCACCUGUGCCACGGACACCAACAACAUCCGCAGGGUCUUCAGCGACGUGAAGGACACCGUGCUGCUCAAGUCUCUAAGGGACUAUGGGAUCAUCUGAACUUUUACCAGGCAAUGAAAGCCAGGAGGAAAGAUGGUUCGUGUCUCUUUGUGGACAUUUUACUUGUAUGAGUGAAAGCCAAAAUGGGAUUUCUCUUUUCCACAUAAAAUUCCUUCUAAAUUGCAGAAGUCAGAACAUCAGGCUUAAUAUUUUUGUGCCCCUCGUCCUCCUCUCAUUCUUCAUUUUAAUUAAGGCGCAAGUGGAGAUUGAAAGCACUUUCCUUUCAUCACCACGACUAUCACAACUUUACUCUCAUCCCCUUCUUCUGUUCAGGAAGUAUU